AUGGAGAAAUCAAUCCAGGUGGCUCAGGAGCCGACUCAGGCACCAGCUCCUACCGGCGACAGAAUUGACCAUGUCGACAAUGGCCCUAACCAGGUCGUCGAGGAUGAAAAGGCCCUGUCUGACAAGGACUCGGCGGAGUUCCAGGGUGGUGUGCAGCGUGUGCGAGCAAUCACCACAGUGCUGUCUACCCAGACACUGGUUCUCCUCUUUGUCUUACUCUGGCUGGUCUCUUUCGUCGACGCGCUGCUCGGCUCAAUGCAAACGACGCUGAACCCAUGGAUCACCUCCUCGUUCGAGAAACACGGACUGCUCUCCGUCGUCAGCAUCGUCUCGGUCAUCCUGGGCGGCUCGUCCAAACUCACCCUGGCCAAGAUCAUCGACAUCUGGGGCCGAGUCGAGGGCUUCCUGUUCAUGCUCGUGCUGAUCAUAAUCGGGCUCAUCCUAAAGUCCACCUGCACCACAAUCGAGAUGUACGCCGCCGCGCACACGCUAUACUGGGUCGGACACAUCGGGCUGCUCUACGUCGUCGAGAUCAUGCUGGCCGAUAUGACCUCGCUCAAGAAUCGAAUGAUCAUGAUCGGCAUCAACGGCACCCCUGGUAUCUGCAGUACAUUUGCAGGACCCAAGAUUGCGGAGCUGUUCCACGAUAACCUCAACUUCCGCUGGGGGUUUGGGUCGUUUGCGAUUAUCUUCGUUGGCGUUUGCGCUCCGGUUGUUCUCGUCAUGUUUCUCAUGCAGCGCAAGGCUGAACGGAGCGGUACUUAUGUCAAGGAGCGCUCGGGGAGGACGCUGCCGCAGUCGGUUGCACACUAUGCAGUGGAGUUUGACGUCAUCGGCAUCAUCCUGAUCACAGCCGUCUUCUCCCUAAUCCUCCUCCCCUUCAGCAUAGCCUCCUACGCGCCCAAAGGCUGGGCCAGCGGGUAUAUCAUCGCCAUGGAAGUCAUCGGCGUCGUCUGCAUGCCGGCCUUCUACGUCUGGGAGAAAUACUUCGCGCCGGUCCAGUUCCUCCCGUGGAAGUAUCUCAAGGAGCCGACGAUUAUCGGCUCGUGCAUGUUAUACCUGGUCAUGUUUGCAUCCUCAACAACCUGGAACGCGUAUUUCAGCUCGUACCUCCAGGUCGUCAACAGACUGGAUCUCACAACAGCGAACUACGUCCUGAACGCCUACUCUCUGACCUCGUUCAUCUUCAGCCCUGUCUUCGGCCUACUAAUCCGCUACACCGGCGAAUUCAAAUACACCGCCAUGGCCGGAAUCCCCAUCUUGCUCCUGGGCACCGCCCUCCUCGUCCCCUUCCGCACCCCCUCCACGCACAUCGGGCUGAUCACAAUGACCCAAGUCCUCGUCGGCCUCGGCACCUGCAUCUUCACCGUGUGCAGCCAACUCGCGCUAAUGACAGCCGUAACGCACCAGGAAAUCGCCGUCGUAAUCGCCAUCUGGGGUCUCUUCGGCUCCAUCGGAUACAGCGUGGGCGCGGCCAUCGCCGGCGGGAUCUGGAAUAAUGUGCUGGAGCCGCAGCUUUACAGCCGGCUUCCGGAGGGGAAGAAGGAUCUUGCGGCGAGUAUCUUUGCGAAUCUGGGGACGCAGAUUUCGUAUGCGGAUGGGACGCCUGAGCGGGUGGCGAUUGUGGGUGCUUAUGCGGAUGUGCAGAGGAAGAUGGUUAUUGUCGGGGUUUGUCUGGUGCCGCUUUGUGUGGCUUGUACGUGGUUCUGGAGGGGGGUUAAUGUGAAGAGAUUGGAGAGGGAGCAGACCAGGGGGAAUAUUUGGUAG